AAAACGAAUAAAAUCCGAUUCGAUAUUCUAGUCUUGAAAUUGAAAAUUUUCUUACUGAAUUUUAUAAACAUCCAUUUUCAAAAAACCAUCCAUUUAACUAUGGCCAAGUAUUUGAAUAAUGAAAUUUUAUUUAGUCGAAAACAAUCACAACAAUCUUCUUUAUUAUUAAUGAAAAAACAACAACAACAGCAACAUUUAAUUUUACGAUCACAAAUGAUAAUUACAAUUUUAUUAUUAAUAUUGAUUAUUAUAUUUACAUUCAUCAUUGUCAAUCUGUCAUCUAUAUCAUCAUCAUCAUUGAUGCAAAUCAAUGCAAACGAUUCAAUUCGACAAUCAAAUCAUUCCAAUAUUAUACCGAUUGAAUUAAGUGAUAACCCGAUUAAUAAUGAUGAUUUUAAUGGCUAUAAUAUCCGUUAUGAUGAUAAUGAAAAUGGAUCACUGAUAAUAAUAAACAAUACUGAUAAUCAUCAUAAUAAUAAAUCUGAUGAUUCAAGAUUGAUGGCUAGUCUUUUUAUUGAUCGUCAUGUUUAUGAUGAUGGUGAUAAUGAUGAUGACCUUGACCAUAAUCCUAUGAAUAUAUCAUCAUCAUCAUCAUAUAAUCAUAAUAAUAAUAAUCGUUUUAAACGUGGUGUUGUUAGUUUAGCAUCAAUGAUACGUUGUAUAGCACAAUGUAAUCCAUUAAGUUAUAAAGAUUAUGGUUGUUAUUGUGGUUUUCAAGGUGAAGGCUAUCCCGUUGAUGCUAUCGAUAGAUGCUGUUAUAUGCAUGAUAUGUGUUAUGAACAAAGCGAAUGUAAUCAAGCAUUAGUUUAUUUUGUUUCAUAUAAAUGGAUUUGUAGAAAAAAUCGUCGUGCUAGCUGUGGAUACGUUAUCGAUGGUGAUUCAAAACAACGAUGUGCCUAUCAACUAUGUGAAUGUGAUAGAAAAUUUGCCAAAUGUCUUAGCCGUCAUCGUUGUCCAUCGGUGAAACCAUCAUGUCGUACUAAACGUAAUAUAUUAACGAGCUUGAGUAAAUUAUUCUUUUAAUUCGGAAUCAGAUUCAAAAAAAA